AUGUUGAUUGACGAUGAAGCGCGGUUAUUGAGCGAGUCCAAUGACCCCACUGCUGGCAAUGAAUACAGCCGCGUUGUGAUCGGGGGUUUGAGCCAAGGCUGUGCGGCAUCUAUCUUCUGUCUUCUUGGGGGGUUUUCCGGGCCAGACGACGGGCAAGACAAACGACUCGGGGGAUUUGUGGGGAUGAGAGGGUGGUUACCUUUUGAAAGCGAGAUUUCCGGGCUGUUGGAAUUGGGUGGUGAGAAUGAGGACGAGGACACAGAUGAUGACGAUGAUAAUGACCCUUUCUCUCAUGAUGAUGAUGAUGAUGAUGAGAAUGAAGACAUUCCUGCUUCAAUCCAGGCACUGAAUCUUAUUCGGGAUGUCCUCAAUCUAUCACCCUUGUAA